GACAUGCAUGGCCAUUCAAUGCGGCAUGGUCAUGGUCUGUUGUAGUAAUGAUAAUAGGCGGUUAACGGACCGAAACGCGAGGUUGCCGAUUGACUGUGUUCGGUAUUCUACAUGCUCUGCAUUACAUAGGUACUUCAUCGCUGGAGGCUCUGUCGCACUGCAGAUAAGGUCAGCUGAGACGAGACCUGAAGCUGCUGCCCGGCCCCACUGCCAUUCAUACGACCUCUUCCUCGCCUUGACAUGUCCUUCUAUCUCGCUAUAGUCUCACCACUCGACGCUCCCCUGUUUGAGUUAUCCUUCACAUCCUCUCGACCCAAUGCCACUGCACCAACAUCGAGCAAUACGUCGACGUCGAGUUUUCCUUCUUGGUCUACCUUCACAGGCUCAAAUGGAAGUGAUCUGGGACAGGGCGAGCAGUCUCUAGGCGGAGGAGGAGGAGCGAACGGGUCGACGAGCAAAGUUGGACCGAAUCUAGGUCUCGUCAUGGCUCCUACGACCUCUACAUCUGGAGGACCAGGUGGGCCCGGAGGUCCUGGGACGGGAAGUCUAGAAAGACACAUGUGUCAGAUGAUCGCUCAUAAGAGUUUGGACAGUGUGGAGGAGGUCAUGGAGUCGACAGGGGCAUUAUAUUUGAAGAACGUGGACAGACAUAACGAGUGGACUGUAUCUGCUUUCUUGGCUGGUGCAAUCAAGUUCAUCCUCCUUCACGAUAACAAAAACGAUGAUGGUAUCCGGUCAUUCUUUCUGGACCUCUGGGAGGUCUUUGUCAAAGUCUCUCUCAACCCAUUCCACUCGACCAAUACACCCAUUCGUAAUCCAAUGUUUGAAGCGAGGAUCAGGACUAUAGCCAGGAGGUACCUGUAGUCUAUACAAUAAACAGCAGAUGAACUUGACCACGUUGUAUACCCCGCAUCCGACACACAGUCUAUGAAAUGCAUGAUGAACCGCCCAGGCGGC